AUGGUACCUAACAGUGCCCUGCAGGAGUCAUUAAAUCAAAACUUCAUGCUGAUCAUCACCCACCGAGAAGUCCAGCGGGAGUACAACCUGAACUUCUCAGGAAGCAGUACUAUUCAAGAGGUAAAGAGAAAUGUGUACGAUCUUACAAGUAUCCCCGUUCGCCAUCAAUUAUGGGAGGGCUGGCCAGCUUCUGCCACAGAUGACUCAAUGUGUCUUGCUGAAUCAGGGCUCUCUUACCCUUGCCAUCGACUUACAGUGGGAAGGAGAUUGUCACCUGCACAGACCAGGGAGCAGUCAGAAGAG